AUGAAUCGACGGAAGGGCAAAUGGGAGCGAGCCAUGCCCGAGUUCGACGCGGGCGACCCGGAAUGGUCGCAGUCGUCGAUUCCGUCGUCCAAGGAUCAGCCGGCUGACCACGUCCCGGCCGCCGCCUCCCAGAAGCUCGACAACGCCUUCGGCUCGCUGAACGAGUUUGGCGGCAAGGAUUACAGGAAGGAGAUGCCGCUGAAGGACGAUCAUGCGUCGCGGCCGCUCUGGGUCUCGCCGGACGGCCACAUCUUCCUCGAGUCGUUCAGCCCCGUCUACAAGCACGCACACGACUUUUUGAUUGCCAUCGCCGAGCCCGUUUGUCGCCCCGAGUUCAUCCACGAGUACCAGCUGACGGCCUACUCACUCUACGCGGCCGUGUCGGUCGGAUUUCAAACGGGCGACAUCAUCGAGUACCUCGAUAGACUGUCAAAAAGUGCCCUGCCAGAGGGAAUUCGGCAAUUCAUCCAGGUCUGCACACUCUCCUACGGCAAGGUGAAGCUCGUGCUCAAGCACAACCGGUACUACAUCGAGUCGCGGCAUUCGGAGGUCAUCCAGCGGCUGCUGAAAGACCCCGUCAUCCAGCCGUGUAUAUUGGAGGAAGACAAGACGGCAGAACCCCCGAAAAAUCAGCAGCAAUUCACCACGAUCAACUUCCCGAGUCAAAAGCCUGCCGGAGACGAGAAAAAUGCCGACGACUCCAUUCCGGAGGAUAUCGACAAAUUCUAUGAAAAGAUUGACGGCAACGACGACGAGGAUGCCGACGCCAUUCGAUCGCUCGAGCUGCUCACCUUUGAAAUUCAACCGUCUCAAAUCGAAGCCGUCCAGAAGCGCUGCAUCGAGCUGGAAUACCCGCUGCUCGCCGAGUACGACUUCCGCAACGACACGCACAACCCGAAUCUGGGCAUCGAUCUGAAACCGUCGACCACGCUGCGCCCCUACCAGGAGAAGAGUCUGCGCAAAAUGUUUGGCAACAGCCGGGCACGAUCCGGCGUCAUCGUGCUGCCAUGCGGCGCGGGCAAGACGCUCGUCGGCGUGACGGCGGCCACCACAAUCAACAAGCGCUGUCUUUGCUUGGCCACGAGCAACGUGUCGGCCGAGCAGUGGAAGGCACAAUUUAAGCUAUGGUCGACGAUCCAGGAACGGCAAAUCAUCCGCUUCACCCGCGAGGCCAAGCACGAGACGAUCCCCACCGGGGCUGAUGCCAACAAACCCAUGGUGUGCAUCUCGACGUACUCGAUGCUCGCCUUCUCCGGCAAACGUGCCUACCAGGCCGAGGAGGCGAUGCGCUACAUUGCCAGCCAGGAAUGGGGAUUGCUGCUGUUGGAUGAAGUGCACACGAUCCCGGCGAAAAUGUUCCGGCGGGUGUUGACGAUCGUGCAGGCGCAUUGCAAGCUCGGGCUGACGGCCACCCUGGUGCGCGAGGACGACAAGAUCACCGACCUCAAUUUCCUCAUCGGCCCCAAAAUCUACGAGGCGAAUUGGAUGGAGCUGCAGAAGGCCGGCCACAUUGCCAAGGUCCAGUGCGCCGAGGUGUGGUGCCCGAUGACGUCCGAAUUCUACGCCUUCUACCUGAAAGCCCAAAUCGCGCGACGGCUGCUCCUGUCGGCGAUGAACCCGAACAAGUUCCGCAUGUGCCAAUAUCUCAUCAAGUACCACGAAAAGCGCAAUGAUAAGAUCAUCGUCUUCUCGGACAACGUAUUCGCCCUGAAGACGUACGCCGUCGAGAUGGGCAAGCCGUUUUUGUAUGGAGAAACUGUGCAGAGCGAGCGCAUGAAAAUCCUGCAAAACUUCCAGUUCAACCCGAAGGUGAACACGAUUUUUGUGUCGAAGGUUGCCGACACGUCGUUCGAUUUGCCGGAGGCGAACGUGCUGAUCCAGAUCUCGGCCCACGGCGGCUCGAGAAGACAGGAAGCACAGCGGUUGGGCCGAAUCCUGAGGGCCAAGAAGAACUCCUCCGACCAGUACAACGCCUUCUUCUACUCGCUCGUCUCGCAGGACACGGUGGAGAUGGGCUAUUCGCGGAAGCGGCAGCGUUUCCUCGUCAACCAGGGAUACGCCUAUCGGGUGGUGAACAACCUGCCCGGGAUGGCCCAGGAACAAUUGCGUCUCGCCACCAAGGAAUCGCAAGUGCAGCUGCUGCAGAAAGUGCUUGCCGCCUCGGACGCCGACGCUGAAGAGGAGGACGUCAAAGAAGAAAACAUUGACGGCACCUACAAGGCGUCCCGUCGCGAGAACACGAUGACGGCCCUCUCGGGCGGAAUGGGCGGCUUUGGCGGCGGGCAGAACAAGACGAAGAAGCAGCUGCUCGACGAACGACAUCCCCUCUUUAAACGUUUCCGCGCCACA